AUGAGGUUUCUCUCCUUCGCCACUGCAAGUUGCAUCAGUGCAGUGACUGCUACCAUCUUGCAGAAUGGACAGAUCAGACCAAACAACUAUCCCGACACUACUGUCUCCACCAUCUCCUCGUACAACAGCAGCUGGCAAACCUAUGCACCAAGUGCUCCUGAGAUCUCAUACAAGGGUCGCUGGGAUGACAAGUACAUCUCCUGGUGGUCUGCUCCAGGAUUGAAGUUCGGCUUCCAGGCUCAACAGAUUGCUAUCAGUUUCGGCAACUACACUUCUGACGGUGUACUGAUCGCCUAUCGAAUCGAUGGCCAAGACUGGAUGCUCACCAACGUAACUGCUAACUCGACACACCUGCUUGUUACGCCGAGUACAGCUGGCUUCAACUUGACGACUCCGCAGGGUGCUUUACAGAGCCUUGAGCUUCGAGUAACCAACUGGGCGUAUGGUGUGCAAAUCAACUGUAUCCAUGUCUCAGGUGGGCCUGCUAGGCUCGUCAAGGUCCCGGAAUACACCAGAACAAUGGAACUGAUAGGUGACUCGCUUUCCGCUGGCCAAUACGCGACACUCGAAGGCAUCAGCAGCUACAGCUGGGGUCUUAUGUACGGCCUCGGUGAUGUCGAAUUCUCGAUCACGGCGUACCCAGGCAUCUGCUUGCAUGACAGCCGUUGCUACGGCAAUCUUCAUGGUCAGACGCUCCAGUGGCUAAAGAUACCCGAUACCUCCGGCCGCGCCCUUGAUAUCUAUGGCUCUGAUCCAGCCGGCAUACCUGACUGGAACUUCACUGCUCACGCCGCUGCAGAUAUUACAGUGAUCAACAUCGGCACGAACGACAAUAACACAGCCAACAACAUCACGAGCGCUGAGUACUAUACCAGCUAUAUCCAGCUCAUCGACGAAAUCCACGCCCGCUGGCCCAAGAGUCAGAUCGUCGUCCUCUCACUCUGGUCGGGCUUCAGCCAAGUCGGCAACACCUGGGCUCAGGGCGCAGGCUUUCUCGAUGAGAUCCAGAACGUGGUCAAGCACUUCAACAAUGGUAGCUUGAACCAGCGAGGAGAGUGUACAAGCUGCUUCGUUUACUACUUCAAUACGACCGGAAUUUUGGAGCACAAUGAUAUUGGUCCCCAGUACCACCCGACCGAUGUUGGCCAUGUAAAAUUGGCGAGCCAUCUGAUGAUGUAUGUUAAGUUGGUGUUUGGCUGGGAUCUGAGGCAGACAGGUCCAGAGGUGCAGCAUGACACACUCUACUGGAACGAUCAAAGCUCAUACUAG